AAAACCUUAAAAAUAUAAUGAAAGAAAAAUAAAUGUUACGAUUUACGCAUACACUUGCACCACUAAUAUUUAAAAAAAUAAUUUGGAUCCCAGUGCAACCCCACCCUAUUGAAUUUGGAAUUUUUAUACUAAUUUUCAUUUAUAAAAUGAAAAAAAAGAAAUGAACAAAUUGAUUCAACUCUGAAGCUGCGAGAAAGUUGCGCUACGUUUUCGAAAUAAGACAAUGCCCGUGAUUUAUCACACUCUGAAGAAUCUUGGUUUUUGAGCUAUUUCUUCUUCUUCUUCCUCCUCCUCCCGUUUCAGAUUCAUUUGAAUUGUUCAUUCAGAUUUCUGGAGAUUUCAUAAAUCUCACCCUAUUCUUCCUUCUUCUUCAAUGAAGGGGGAGGAGCAUGAUAAUUCAGUCAAUCUGCAAUAUGACAUCACAACUCGCUUUUCUUGUCACCCUCUUGAUAUCUCUGCAGCUGCAUUCCGCCGUGGACGGCCUCGGCUCCGCCUCCACCGUUGCCAUCGCCUACGGCACCUCCACCGUCUGCGGCAUCAUCGCCGGGAAACAAAGCCAGACAAUUCAAUGCUACAGAGGAGAUCAAGUUAUCUCCAUUCUACCCAAUGUCUCUUUUGAGGCUAUCUCCGGUGGGCAGAGCUUCUUCUGCGGUCUUCGGACUGGUGGGUUCGGCCUCCAUUGCUGGGAGACCGACGACGGAUUCUCAACUUCCAGCUUCCAACCUAAACGUCUCUUCUACAGCACCGCCGUGCCAUUGACUGAUCUCGCAGUCGGCGACAGUCAAGUUUGUGCAAGAGAGGUAAGCUCCGGCAGAGGCAGAUGCUGGAGGGGAACAGACAGAAUUGGGUCUUUAUUUUCUUCCCCUGAGGUAGGAUUGGAGUUCCAGACGAUCACAUCUGGAAGUGGGUUUUCAUGUGGAAUUCUGAAGCAGAACAGAACCGUAAUGUGUUGGGGGAGCAAUGGCAUUGGAUCGAAGAUUCAAUCACAGUUCAGAAAUCUGCCAAUGGCGAGCUUGGUCGCCGGAGAGUCGCAUGUCUGCGGGUUGACUGCGGUGGCCGGAGUUUUAGUCUGCAAAGGAAACAAUAACGCCGGCCAAUUGGACGUUCCUUCCAAUUCAGCUCAUGAAUAUUCAGACCUCGCAUUGGGGGGGAGCUUCACUUGUGCAAUAAGGCAAAAGAAUGGGGUGAUUUCAUGUUGGGGUGGAGGAGCACAGGAACUCAACAUUGAAAAUGAAAACAACAUCAAUUUCAAAGCUUCAUUCGAGCUAAUCACAGCAGGAUCAGACAUCUUAUGUGGGUUGAAGACAAGUAAUUUGACAAUAAUGUGCUGGUCCAAGGGCAACAGAAACUCACCGAUUGUUCUUCCAUUGGGGAUGAUAAUCCCCGGCCCCUGCGUUCAAGAUCCUUGCAGCCUCUGCGGCAUCUAUCCGAAUUCAGCAUUUCUCUGUGAUGGGUCUGGAAAUAUUUGCAAAUCUUGCCAGAGAGAGCUCCCAGUUGCAGUGCCAUUGCCAAAGAAUCCAUUAACCCCAGCUUCUUCUUCACCUUCAAAACCUAGAAACAGGCUCUCCCUGGCAUUUCUCGUAGUUGGAGCAAUUGGGGCUUUUGCCGGUAUUUGCACCAUUUUGUUCUGCCUAUCGAGUUGCUUAUCCUUGCAUUCUUCUUGCAACACAGGAAACAAUCCAGAACCCAACACAAACCCAGUAGCCCACAUGGAAACUUCUUCCGUUCGGUCAUUUUCUCUUUCAGAGCUUGUUGCUGCUACGAACAACUUCUCAUGUGAAAGCAAGAUUGGAGCAGGGAGCUACGGCGUGGUUUAUAGAGGUGAACUCUCAGAUGGCAGUGAGGUAGCUAUCAAAAGAGGAGGAAACAACAAGAAAACAGAAAAUCUUGAAGAGAAAGAGAGCGCGUUUGGGUCAGAAUUAGCAACGCUAUCGCGGCUUAAUCACAAACACCUGGUGGGCAUAGUGGGUUUCUGCCAAGAAAACGACGAGAGGCUUCUGGUUUACGAAUUCAUGCGAAACGGUUCCCUCCACGACCAUUUACACAAUAAAGAUUACGCCGAACAAGGAGACGAAUUAUUGUUGAAUACAUGGAAAACGAGGAUCAAAAUUGCAUUGGACGCAGCCAGAGGAAUCGAGUACCUUCACAAUUACGCAGUCCCGCCGAUAAUCCACCGAGACAUCAAGUCCUCAAACAUACUACUGGACGAGAAUUUCACAGCCAGAGUGUCCGAUUUCGGCUUCUCCUUGAAGCGGCAGCCGGAAAUUGCAACGGAAACCGCCGUCGGGGGCACGAUCGGGUACAUCGAUCCGGAAUACUACGUCUCGAGGAUUUCGACGGGGAAGAGCGAUGUGUACGGGCUAGGGAUUGUUCUGCUGGAGCUUCUGACGGGGAAGAAAGCUGUGUUCAGAGAUAGCGGCGGCGGAGAACCGGUGACGGUGGCGGAAUAUGCGGCGGCGCGAAUUGGGGACGGGGAGUUGUGGAAUGUGGUGGACAAGAGGGUCAGGGCGGCGGAGAUGGAGGAAGUGGAGGCGGUGGAGCUGGUGGCGUACACGGCGAUGCAUUGUGUGAACUUGGAGGGAGAAGAGAGGCCGAAUAUUGGCGACAUUGUUGGAAAUCUGGAGAAAGCUCUUGCUCUCUGUAAUGGCGGAUCCUGUGGACAUUGCUAACGGAAAAUUCACCCAAAUGAGUCCACAAUUCUUUUUUUUUUUUUCACCUAAAUUUAAAGGCUUAAAUGAGAUACGAGAAAUUGGAUGACAUGGCCUAAAUUUUCGUGCAGAUAUGUUCAUUCUUUGAAAUUUUUAUUAUUUUAACCUUCUGUACGAUGAAAUAAACUUCUUUAUUUUU